GAGGUCGACAUGACUAUCUCAGCUCUCCAAGUGAGCCAACAGACACUAGCCGAAAGACCUCCUCCUCAGAGAGGCGGUUCCAGAGAAGCGAGGGAGUGGUCUUUUUUUGACUUUGUUGAUCCAACCUCCUGGAACAAGUUGGACAACCGCGACAGAUUGGUUUGGCAUCUGGUCCCCAACGUGACUUUGACGAACUAUUCUCCCGCACAACAGGCUCACAUCACCAACCGACUACCUACGAUCUCCAGAGUAUGCGGACAGUUUAGUAGCCGGGGGAUUGGACUCUGCUUACAACAUUCAUAUCGCGGUGCUGAGUCGCAUACGAAGUACCAAUAUUGGGGUUGUGAGGGUAGGCCCGCUGAUUUUGCCAAGUCGCAAUUCGUGGAUCAGGCAUUUUGCAUGUACUCGAGAUGAUUCCCAAAACCACAUUGAAAUCAUUGACCCGGAUUUUCUGCCACCGGGCCGGACCCUGGUGUUGCCACCAGUAGUAUCAAAUGGAAGUACGACUGCGGCUAAGAAGUAGACCGAACAAGAAUGGAAACCACUGGCCAGCUUUCCAGCCACG